AUGACUGAGGCCCCUCCUUUAAACGCCCAAAUAAUUCGUGGAUUAAAUGAUAAGGUAUAUGAAAAACGAAAGACUGCGGCAUUAGAAGUUGAAAGACUUAUCCGCGAAUACUCCGCUAGCAAGGAUACAGAAAAAAUUCGAGCUAUUAUUGAUAAAUUAGCUAACGACUUUGCUUAUUCAGUUAACGCGAAUUCUCGAAAUGGAGGGUUAAUUGGUUUAGCUGCCGCGUCGAUAGCUUUAGGACCAAACGUUGCUGCUUAUUUGGAUGAUAUUGUUAUACCGGUACUUUCUUGUUUCUCCGAUCAAGAUUCCCGUGUAAGAUAUUAUGCAUGUGAAAGUAUGUAUAAUAUAUCUAAAGUAUCUAAAGCGGAUUCAGAACUUUCAGUAAAGAAUGGAGCAGAACUUUUGGAUAGAUUAAUUAAAGAUAUUGUUGCAGAACAAUCUACAUCAUAUGUAUCAUCAUUAGUUUUGGCAUCCAUGACACAUGAUGAUUUGAUGGGACCAGUUUCAAUGCCUCGCACUACAGCAUUUUCUCUUCCACGAUUUAUUCCUUUACUUGCUGAACGUAUUCACGCUAAAAAUCCAUACGUUCGUAAUUUUCUAGUAUCAUGGAUUACAGUAUUGGAUUCAAUUCCAGAUCUUGAACUUGCAUCAUUUUUACCAGAUUUUUUGGAUGGACUUUUGCAAUUUUUAAGUGAUGCGAGUAAAGAUGUUCGAUAUGCUACUUCAGCAGUAUUGGCAAAUUUUUUGGCGGAAAUACGGGAAGCAGCCGAAGUUAAGGAACAACAAAAGCAACAAGCAAUGAAACAUUAUUUCGUGGAACAACAAAGGAAACUUGUUACAGUAUCAGAAAAUGUUAGUGAAGCAGGUGAAAGUGUUAAAGAUGGUGGUAGCGUUAAUGGAGAUGGAGAAGAUACUAAUUUAAAAUCAACAUUAGAUGGAGAAAUUAACUGGGAUGCAUUUUCAUUAAGUGAGACAGAAGGUAGAGGGAAAGGUUCAUGGGUACCUGGACAAGAAGAAGAAAUUCAAGCAACAGCAUUAAAAUGGAUAAGUGAAUUCAUACACCUUGCCAAGGAAGUGAUCAUAUCUUUUACACCACAAUUAAUAAGCGCCGUUGCAGUGGAGACAAAUAAAAGUCUUUAUAAGAUGAUUCUUGAAACACCAACGAAUAGUGUUCCAACAUCACAACCACCACCAUAUUCAGCAAUCUCUCGGGAAGCAUCAUCUUUCUCUUCAACUUCUUCAAUUGAUUCUUCAAUGUAUUCUCAUUCAGGAAGUCAUAGAGAACAACAACAGACCAAUUCUUUACCACUAAUAUAUGAACAAGCUGAUCCAUUUGAUUAUCAAGCAACAGUUGAAGCAUUAGUUCAUCAAUUUUUAAAUGAGCAUGAAGAAACUAGAGUAGCAAGUUUGGAUUGGUUAUUGAUGCUUCAUAAAAAAGCUCCCAAAAAGAUUCUCGCAAUUGAUGAUGGAACUUUUCCUGUAGUUAAACGAGAUCUUCAGCUUCUUGCACAAUUAUCAUCCAGUUCCGAGGAUGAAUAUUUUACUCGUUUCAUGGAUAUUGAAUCUGCCUCAAGUAUGGUGCAAAAUCUUAAUAGUAUUCUCAUCACAUCACCCGAACUCUCUGAUUUACGAAAGAGACUUAAGAAUCUUGAGACGAAAGAUGGUCAAAUGUUAUUCACGGCUUUAUACAAAUCUUGGUGUCAUAAUCCGGUGGCUACAUUUUCACUUUGUUUAUUAGCACAAGCUGCCGACCUUGAUAUAACAGUGAACCUUUUAAUUCAAAUUGAUAAACUUGUUCAAUUGCUCGAAUCUCCAGUUUUUACAUAUUUACGUUUACAACUCCUUGAACCGGAUAAAUAUCCUUACCUUUUUAAAUGUCUUUAUGGUCUAUUGAUGCUUUUACCACAAAGCAGUGCAUUUGCCAGUUUAAAGAAUAGAUUAACAAGUGUAUCUUCAAUGGGAUUUUUACAUUUGAUUCCAAAGAGUAAUGAAAUCAAAAGAUCAAAAACAUCAUCAUCAUCUAAAGAUGAUGGUAUAAAAUUCCAAGAAUUGCUCACCCAUUUUAGAGCAGUUCAAACAAAACAUGAAAAAAUUCGGAAACAAGUACUUCAAUCACUUGGUCGGGUAGGUAGCCGUAAUCGUCGUACGAGAGAACAUCGAACCAAUCAAACAACAUCUGGUAAACACGUUAAUAGUGGAAAUUCAUCAUCAAAUUCCUUAAAUAAUCGAAAUGUCAAUAUUAAUAAUGGUAUCAAUGGUGUGAGUUCAAAUUUAAUUUCAAAUGGUACGGGAGCAAGUCAAUCAAAGAGACGUCUUAGCGCAGCUAGUUCGGCUAGUGCAACAAGUGAUCAUGGUAAUGUCAAUAUAAAUUCUCGUCCUCAAAGUCCGCCAAGUAGUGGAAGACGUACUGGAUACAGAAAAUGA